AUGUCUGGCCGCGGAAAGGGUGGAAAGGGUCUUGGUAAAGGCGGUGCUAAGCGUCACCGUAAGAUUCUUCGCGAUAACAUUCAAGGCAUCACAAAGCCUGCCAUUCGUCGCCUUGCCCGCCGAGGUGGUGUCAAGCGUAUCUCUGGACUCAUCUAUGAGGAGACCCGUGGUGUCCUGAAGAUCUUCCUCGAAAACGUCAUUCGUGACUCCGUAACGUACACUGAGCACGCAAAGCGCAAGACCGUUACCGCUCUCGACGUCGUCUACGCCCUCAAGCGAUCAGGGCGUACCCUCUAUGGUUUCGGUGCAUAGGCUGUUUAGAGAUGUCUCCAUGGUUGCGUCCGUCCCUUUUUACUGUUGUAUCAGUAUAAUGUAGUCGUAUUUUCUUUUGUUUUAUUAUUGUUAUACACAUUUCGCACAUAUUAUAUCUUGAUCAACAUCGACGGUGCGACCAUUCAGGCGUGUUUGACUGUCAUGAGCGUUUCGUCUCCUCAAUGUCAGUGAUCAUGAGAUGAAUUUGUACCACAGAUAGUUGUGAUGAGAUGGCAUUCCCUCCGACUGCUGUGGAGCCGAUGGUAUUCUCCUUUGUGUUAUUGUU